CGCUGGCGCUGCUGCUAUAAACAAACCUGCUGUUGCUCGCCGCUCGCUCACCAAAGACCAUUGCGUGAUAGAUUGUACCGGUCUCGGUCUCCGUGUCUCACUCUCAAGUUGCAGCUGCCAGCAGCCAGUCAUUUCGUUGGCAACCAGGGCAGAACUAAAUAUCCGUGGAUAAGAGCUGCACUGUGUGCUGCUGAGAUAUCAAGAACGUAACGUACGGUGGAAGACAAGGCCCCGUUCUCGAUUAGCCCAAGCCAAAGAGUCAGAGAGAGAGAGAGAGAGUCGUACUGGUCGUCACCUGUCGAAGAUUUUCGGUGUCUCCUGAGCCACAGCUGCUGCUGCUGCUGGAACCAUGGAGAUGGAGGCCGUGGAGUCGCACGGAGGCGCCGGGCGCCGGACGCCCAAGAGGGAUCGCGGCAUCUCCUGGGCCUGCGUCUUCAUCCUGGGUAAUAAUGGCAUGUCUCACAUACACAUCUGUUCGUAGCUUUAUAUAUGGCCUCGCUCGCCCUCAAACCGUCUGGCUGUGGCCUCUGCACUGCAUGCACCCGUACAUGCAUUCAUGGCGGCGAUGGCGGGACUCGGCCGGACAUCACACCAGCGAGUAACUGCUUCCAGUUCAUCGCCUACUUCGCCGUGUCGACGAACCUGGUGAACUACCUCAAGGACCGCCUGCACCAGGGCAGCAAAGCCGCCGCGAACGGCGUCACCAACUGGAUGGGCACGAGCGCCAUCACGCCGCUCGUCGCCGCCUUCCUCGCCGACGCCUUCCUCGGCAGAUACUGGACCAUCGCGCUCUUCCUGGUCAUCUCCGUCCUGGCCUACGUGGUGCUCACGGUGAGCGCGGCGGCGGCGCUGGAGAGCGCGGCCUUCUACGCGGGGCUGUACCUGCUGGCGCUGGGCGGGGCGCUGCAGCCGGUGCUGUCGUCGUUCGGCGCCGACCAGUUCGACGAGGAGGAGCGCGGGCGCCAGAGCUCCUUCUUCAACUGGUUCUACCUCUCCAUCAACGUCGGCUCGCUGGUCGGCGGCACCGUGCUGGUGUGGGUGCAGUCCAGCGUCAGCUGGGGGCUCGGGUACGGCAUCCCGGCGCUCUUCAGCGCGCUGGCCGUCGCGGCGUUCCUGGCCGGCACCGCCACGUACCGCCGCCACCAGCCGCCGGCAGGCAGCCCGCUCACCAGGGUCGCGCAGGUCGUCGUCGCCGCGUGCAGGAAGUGCGGCGUCCAGGUGCCGGAAGACGCGUCCACGCUGCACGAGUGCGAGGACGUCGGCGGCAUGUCCGCGAUACAGGGGAGCCGCCGGCUCGCGCACACCGAUCAGUUCAGGUUCCUGGACAAGGCAGCGUCGGUGGAGCCAUCGGACGACAAGUCGCGUCCGGCGAGCGCGUGGCGUCUGUGCACGGUGACGCAGGUGGAGGAGCUCAAGUGCGUGCUCCGGCUGCUGCCGGUGUGGGCGAGCGGGAUCGUGUUCGCGGCGGCGUACACGCAGAUGACCACCACCUUCGUCCUGCAGGGCGACACGCUGGACCCGUACGUGGGCGGCUUCCGCGUGCCCGCCGCCGUGCUCUCCGUCUUCGACACGCUCAGCGUCAUGCUGUGGGUGCCGCUCUACGACCGCCUGGUGGUCCCACUGGCGCGGCGCGCCACGGGCCACGACCGCGGGUUCACGCAGCUGGCGCGCAUGGGCGUGGGCCUCGUCGUGCUCACCGCCGCCAUGCUCGCCGCGGGGGCGCUGGAGGUGGCGCGGCGCCGCGUCAUCGCGCGCCACGACAUGUACGACACCAACACGGGCGCCGGCGGGGACGGCGAGUACCUGCCGCUGUCCAUCUUCUGGCAGGUGCCGCAGUACGUGGUGGUGGGUGCGUCGGAGGUGUUCACGUUCAUAGGCCAGAUGGAGUUCUUCUACGACCAGGCGCCCGACGCGAUGCGGAGCCUCUGCUCGGGGCUCUCCAUGACGUCCUUCGCGCUCGGGAACUACGUCAGCUCCGCGCUCGUCACCGUGGUGGCGCGCGCCACCGCGCGGGGCGGGCGGGAUGGCUGGAUCCCCGACGACAUCAACCGGGCGCACCUUGACAACUUCUUCUGGCUGCUGGCCAUGCUCUGCGCCGGAAACUUCGGCGUCUACCUGCUCAUCGCACGAUGGUACACAUACAAGAAGACUGUGGACUAGUAUAGUGUAUGUAUCUAUAAAGACCAUCCCUGAACGAUCUCGUGAAAUGUACUGCCGAUCUCAAUCAAUUCAAAGACACUUCACUUGGAA